AUGGUGGGUCGAAGGAUCAUGUCACUGCUGAAGAGCAGAGCCGCCACCGCCGUACCGUCACUACCAGCACAGGCCAAGGCGGCAGAAGAAGGGAAAACAAAAUCAUGGGGUUUCAAAGUGGUUUCGGGGGCAUUAAUUUGUUUGACAGGAGGCGUCGCUUUGAGCGCUCUUGAUGAUCUCGCCAUUUACCAUGGCUGUAGCAGCAAGGCCAUGGAGAGAGCCAGUAAGAACCAGGCUAUAAUUGAUGCCAUUGGUGAGCCUAUUGCAAGAGGUCCUUGGUACAAUGCAUCACUAGCAGUAGCUCACAAACGCCAUUCUGUAUCAUGCACAUUUCCUGUUUCUGGACCCCAAGGCACUGGAAUCUUUCAGUUGAAAGCAGUUCGUAAUGGAGAGGAUUCUUGGUUUUCAUUUUUGCAUUCCCGUGACUGGGAAAUCCUCAUUAUGGAAGCUCUACUCCAUGUCCCGGAGAAUGAAGAGAAGCAACAAACAUUUCGGAUUAGUGUUUCCGAUUAUCCUUCUCCUUCAGCUUGCAAGUGGAUGCCAUCCACUGAUUGCGGCACUUUGCUGGACCAUGACAUUAAGGCAGCAUGGCUUGGUCCUGGACACGGGCUGGUGCAGUGGUCUGGCCAUCAAGAUGGGCCAUUGUCCACUUUGACACCUCGUCCAUGGCUUGGACCUGUGGGAUGGGCCGUCAAAAUAAGUCGACACCUCGUGUAA